AUGAACCUGACAGAGUUUAAUCAGUCUGAUCGCUGUGAGCAUUUCUCCUGUCCAGAGAGAUCUGUAUCUCCUGCAGUUUAUAUCUUACUGUACGUGUGUUCAGCUGCUGUGGUUCUGCUAACAGUGUGUGGAAAUCUGCUGGUCAUCAUCUCUGUUCUUCACUUCAAGCAGCUUCACACACCAACCAACAUGCUGGUGCUCUCUCUGGCUGUGUCGGAUUUCCUCAUUGGGGCUUUACUCAUGCCAUCUAUGUUCAUCUGGACAAUUGAGUCAUGCUGGGUUUUUGGAAAUGAUUUCUGUGUCAUUUUUUUGUUGAUUGGUGGUGUCCUCAUGAGCUCAUCAAUCUAUAAUGUUGUUCUGAUUGCUAUAGAUCGGUAUGUGGCUCUUUCAAACCCCUUUCUCUACACGAACACAGUCACUAGGAGGAGGAUGUGCAUUGUGAUUUAUUCUAACUGGUCUGUGUGUCUGGUGUAUGUCAUAACAGUCUUUUAUUUUAAUGGAAACUUCAUGAAUUUUCUAAUGUGUCCUGGAGAAUGUUUUUAUUUUCUGAAUGAGGUUUGGUCUGUAAUUGAUCUUAUAUAUUCAUGUAUUUUUCCACUUUCUGUCAUAAUCAUAUUGUAUACUCGAGUUUUUGUGAUUGCUAAGAAACAUGCCACUGCUAUCAGAGAGCUUAAUAAUCACACACGGCCUAAAACACAGAAAAUCACCUCACACUCCAUGAAAUCUGAGAGAAAAGCAGCUAAAGUCCUCGGCAUUUUAGUGUCUGUGUUUCUGGUCAGUUUACUUCCAUAUUUUAUUUACAGUUUUUUUGGUGAUGUUAUAAAACUACAGACAGAAACAUUUCAGAAACUCAUUAUUGUAACUUAUCUCAAUUCCACCAUUAAUCCAGUUAUUUAUGCUCUGUUUUACCUGUGGUUCAGGAGGUGCAUUAAAUUAAUCAUAACUCUGCGAAUAUUCCAAAAAGACUCUGCAUUACACAGUGUUCUUUCAUGA